AUGCUUUCAACCCUGGGCCUUCUGGCACAACGCAAUGCUUUGAUCGCAUUUGCGACCAUCUCCAUCCUACUCGUGUUCUUCACACUCCGCAGACUAUGUCGAAGCCACAACUUCCAGCCCUACCGACCGAAGGGCAAUGAUCACCGCAAAGUCUACGAUCUUUUUUUGUUCUCUCAUGAACUCGACUGGCUAGAGAUUCGACUGAAUACUCUUGCACCUUACGUGGACUACUUUGUCAUUGUCGAAUCUCCUACAACAUUUACUGGCAUGGAGAAGCCCCUUUAUCUGGAACAGCACUGGAGUAACUUUACCAAAUUCCACAACAAGAUCAUCCACAAGGUCGUCAGAGAUCCAGGCCCAAGCAUUGGAACGAGCACAUGGAUCCACGAGGACUACUUUCGAAAUUCCUUAUUCGAAAGCACGUUCCCGACAUUGCUAUUCACCGACAAGGAAGCACACGAAGGCGAUGUCAUACUCGUGAGCGAUGUCGACGAGAUACCCAAACCCGUGACGCUCAAUGUGCUUCGACACUGCAACUUUCCCGACAGAUUGACAUUGCGAAGUCACUUCUACUACUACUCUUUCCAAUGGCUUCACAUUGGAGAGCAAUGGCCACAUCCGCAAGCUACGGUCUUCCGCGGGUUAUCCAAGACCCUCUCGCCGAACGAGUUGCGCAACGGCAUCGGAGGUCCAUCGAGUUGGUGGCCUUUCCGAGCUUCGCUUCAUCGCUGGUGGCAGAAGGCAGACAUGUGGAACGCUGCCUGGCAUUGUUCUUCUUGCUUCGCCACUCUAGCGGAGAUGCGGGCGAAGAUGGAAAGCUUCUCGCAUACACCCUUAAACACGGCCGAGAAUCGAGACGAGGCGACUAUGCUUGAGCGAGUCCGGAGCGGAAAAGAUCUUUUCGGCAGAGAGGGCCAAGAGUAUGAGCGUGUCGAUAACAACCGAGAUGUCCCGACAUAUGUUUUGGAACGGAAGGCAGAAUUUGAGUAUCUGCUUGAUCGCGAUGGGAAGAAUGCGGGCUUUCGGGACUGGACUGCGAGCUGA